AUUCAACGGUUUAUUGUGUUCAGAUUAAAGGAGGGCUGAACUGUAGAAAUUUGAGAGUUGAGGUAUGGUCUCGGGUGUCACCUUCCGAGGUACCCAUGAGGACUUGAUGAAGACUCAACACAUCGAGACAAGUGUCGAGCCAUCAGUCAGACUCACGGCCUCAACUCAAAACUCUAGAGCGAACAGGGCACCAUGUCUCUUGCACGCAAAUCCCCGAGGAGGAGAUCCAGGAAGAGAGGCGGACCGCUGGUGUCCAAUCUCAUCCUGAACGCCAUCUCCUCUUACGGGGGUCCGGGCGGCAUGACCCUAAUCGGCCUCAAGAGGGUCCUUAAAGCCAAUGGCUACGACGUGGUGCGCAACAAAGGACGGAUCCGCCUCGCGCUGCGCCGGCUGGUGGCCAGAAAGUACGUCGUGCGCGGCAGGGGCGCCGGGGGACGCGGAGUCUUCCGCAUCAAUCGCUACAGAGUGAGGAGACGCAGGAGAAGCAGGAGGAGGAGGAGGCGGAGAGUGGGAAGGAGACGGAGGAGACGAAGAAGGCGAUACAGGGGGAGGAGGAGGAGAAGGAGGAGGAGAAGGAGAAGGAGGAGAAGGAGGAGGAGGGGCCGAAGCAGGAGGAGACGAAGGAGGGAUGAAAUACCCAACAUUUGA